GUGCCGCCUCCUCCGCCGCCGCCGCCUCCUCCUCCUACUCGGCAUCGUGUAUGCACAGCAACAAAAAAUAUAUCCCCGACCCAGCCCUCGCGCCGAGGCUGGAGCAGCUCACCGGAUCUCUGGGGCUGAGGCAACUCUUCCCACCCCCGCUCCCCGGCUGCCCCCCCCCGCCGGCGCCCGCAGGAGCCCAGCAUGCCGAGGAGGAAGCAGCAAGCGCCCCGGCGCGCAGCAGCCUAUGUUUCAGACGAACUAAAAGCAGCAGCGCUGGUGGAAGAAGAUGUGGAACCUGAUGAAAAUGCAGUUGAUGGGGAGCCUUCAGCAAAAUAUGCAUGUCCAGAAAAAGACUUCAGUAAGAACUGCCAAAGCUACCAAAACUCUCCAGCAGCUGAGUUCUCUAGCCAUGAAAUGGACAGUGAGUCCCACAUCAGUGAGACAAGUGACCGCAUGGCAGACUUCGAGAGCAGCUCCAUUAAAAAUGAGGAAGAGACCAAGGAGGUUUCCAUACCACUGGAAGACUCUACAGUUUCUGAUAGUUUAGAACAAAUGAAAGCCGUGUAUAAUAACUUCCUCUCCAAUUCCUACUGGUCCAAUCUCAAUUUGAACCUUCACCAGCCAAUUUCGGAAAAAAACAACGGUAGCAGCAGCAGUAGCAGCAGCAGCAGCAGCAGUUGUGGAAGCGGCAGCUUUGACUGGCACCAGACUGCAAUGGCCAAAACGCUGCAGCAAGUUUCACAGAGCAGAAUUCUGCCUGAACCGAGCCUUUUUAGCACAGUCCAGCUGUACAGACAGAGCAGUAAGCUCUAUGGCUCUAUAUUCACUGGAGCCAGUAAAUUCCGCUGUAAAGACUGCAGUGCUGCCUACGAUACUUUAGUAGAAUUAACAGUGCACAUGAAUGAAACAGGACAUUAUCGAGAUGACAACCAUGAAACGGAUAACAAUAACCCCAAAAGAUGGUCCAAACCUCGCAAACGUUCUUUGCUUGAAAUGGAAGGGAAGGAGGAUGCCCAGAAAGUGCUAAAGUGUAUGUACUGUGGUCAUUCAUUUGAAUCUCUUCAGGAUUUGAGUGUUCAUAUGAUCAAAACAAAACACUACCAAAAAGUGCCUCUGAAGGAACCUGUUACACCUGUAGCAGCAAAAAUUAUCCCAGCUACUAGAAAGAAAACAUCACUGGAGCUUGAACUUCCAAGUUCUCCAGACUCCACGGGUGGGACACCAAAAGCAACAAUCUCAGAUACUAAUGAUGCACUUCAAAAGAAUUCCAAUCCCUACAUUACGCCAAAUAACCGCUACGGUCACCAGAAUGGUGCCAGCUAUGCCUGGCACUUUGAGGCGAGGAAAUCCCAGAUUCUGAAGUGCAUGGAGUGUGGAAGUUCACAUGACACCCUGCAGGAGCUCACAGCUCACAUGAUGGUGACGGGACAUUUUAUUAAAGUCACUAACUCUGCCAUGAAAAAAGGGAAACCAAUUAUAGAAGCCCCAGCCACACCGACAAUAACGUCCUUAGUAGAUGAGAAGGUCCAGUCUGUGCCGCUAGCUGCCACCACCUUUACAUCUCCUUCCAACACACCUUCUAGUGUUUCCCCUAAAUUAAAUGUUGAGAUUAAAAAAGAAGUAGAUAAGGAAAGAGUCAUUGCUGAUGACAAAAUGAAAGACAAAGAGAAGUCAAGUGAAGAUGAGGAGAAGUAUGAUAUCUCCUCAAAAUACCAUUACUUGACUGAAAAUGACCUAGAAGAAAGUCCUAAGGGGGGAUUAGAUAUAUUGAAGUCUUUAGAAAACACGGUUACAUCAGCUAUAAACAAAGCCCAGAAUGGCACACCGAGCUGGGGUGGCUACCCCAGCAUUCAUGCUGCCUACCAGCUGCCUAAUAUGAUGAAGCUGUCGUUGGGCUCAUCUGGGAAGAGUACACCAUUAAAACCUAUGUUUGGAAACAAUGAACUGGUAUCACCAACUAAAAACCAGCCCUUGGUGUCUCCACCAAGCAGUCAGACCUCACCUGUGCCAAAAACAAACUUUCAUGCCAUGGAAGAAUUGGUAAAGAAGGUCACUGAGAAGGUGGCUAAAGUGGAGGAGAAGAUGAAAGAGCCUGAAGGAAAGCUUUCUCCACUGAAGCGUGCAACGCCUUCGCCGUGCAGCAGUGAAGUCAGUGAACCCCUUAAGAUGGAGCCCUCCAAUGAUGGUGGCUUCAAAAGCCAGCAGAACAGCCCAGUUCCUCAGAGAGACGGUUGCAAGGAUAGUCCAACUGUAGAACCCGUGGAGAACGGGAAGGAGCCUGUGAAGUCCAUCGUAGGUUCUUUAAGUAGCAGCACAGCCAUCAUCACUGAUCACCCUCCUGAACAGCCGUUUGUAAAUCCAUUAAGUGCACUGCAAUCCGUCAUGAAUAUUCACCUUGGGAAGGCAGCAAAGCCAUCUUUGCCUGCUCUGGAUCCAAUGAGCAUGCUUUUUAAAAUGAGCAACAGCUUGGCAGAAAAGGCUGCAGUGGCCACCCCACCUCUACAGUCCAAAAAAUCAGACCACUUAGACCGUUAUUUUUAUCAUGUCAACAAUGACCAACCCAUAGAUUUGACGAAAGGCAAGAGUGACAAAAGCUGCUCUUUGGGUUCAGCGCUUUUGUCAUCCACAUCGACAUCUUCUGCAUCUUCUUCAUCUACAGUGACAACAGCAAAGACAUCUGCAGUCGUGUCAUUCAUGUCAAACUCGCCGCUACGCGAGAAUGCCUUGUCAGAUAUAUCUGAUAUGCUGAAGAACCUGACAGAAAGUCACACAUCAAAAUCUUCCACACCUUCCAGCAUAUCUGAGAAAUCUGACAUUGAUGGUACCACAAUAGAGGAACCAGAAGAGAGUACACCAGCUCAGAAAAGGAAGGGACGUCAGUCUAACUGGAACCCUCAGCACUUGCUCAUAUUGCAGGCCCAGUUUGCAGCCAGUUUACGGCAGACUUCAGAGGGGAAAUACAUCAUGUCAGACUUGAGCCCUCAAGAAAGAAUGCACAUUUCCAGGUUUACGGGACUCUCAAUGACCACAAUUAGCCACUGGCUGGCCAAUGUGAAAUACCAGCUCCGAAGGACGGGGGGAACUAAGUUCCUUAAAAAUUUGGACACUGGGCACCCAGUGUUCUUUUGUAAUGACUGUGCUUCACAGAUCAGAACUCCUUCAACUUAUAUCAGUCAUCUUGAAUCGCAUCUGGGUUUCAGGUUAAGAGACUUGUCCAAACUGUCCAGUGAACAGAUUAACAAUCAGAUAGCACAAGCAAAGUCACCAUCUGAAAAACUGGUGACGUCUUCUCCAGAGGAAGAUAUCGGAACUUCUUAUCAGUGCAAACUUUGUAACAGGACUUUUGCAAGCAAGCAUGCUGUUAAACUUCAUCUUAGUAAAACACAUGGGAAGUCACCAGAGGAUCAUCUUCUGUAUGUUUCGGAGUUAGAGAAGCAGUAGCAUUUGCUUUUGAUUAAAAUAACUGUAAUUUGCUUUGAGGAAAACUGUCAAAGACGCCUUAAAGCUACUGUUUAGUUCUUGGCACAUGUUCUUAUUUUAACUCCAGAGUCACUCUGGGCUGAACUGUUUUGUAUAACUGUACAGUGUUUAAAUAGAGGUGCAUAAUCAGCUGUUGUUACUGGUAAAAUAUGAAGGUUAAAAUGCAGUGGUAAGUGUUUGGAACUUUGUGUAAAUUGGAUUUAGUUGCUGUGCAUCCCUCUGAUGCAUCAAGCUGCAUGCAUUAACAGACAGUUUAAUUAAGCAUUUAUAACUAAUUCUGGUGCACUUUUUCAUGUGACCUAAGUGUGCUGGUAUUUCUCACCCUAUAAUCUUUAGCCCUCUGAGUACUUUGAAGCACUUUUGCAUUAAUUUGGUAAAAAUGUAAGGAUAUGUGUUUUUUUUAGACCCUUACUAGCUUAGUUCUGAUUACUAAUAUGAACCUCCAUUUAUGCAGAGGUGUCUCACACCUUGAAAUUUAAAAAUAUAAUUUUCACAUUGAAACAUAGAUGUAUAUAUUGUAUAGAUUUCAAAAUCUCUUAUGGAAAAUGUGAUUGUGGUUAAUGCCAUUUUCUUUUUUUUCAGCAUUUUUAGCAGCAGCAGGGUUUGUACCUGAUAAGCCCCAGGUAUAAACCGCACCUAUAUAUAGUGUAUAUUUCAUUUUUUUUUAGAUCUAACAGUUUUUCCUUUAACAAUCAAACAUUGUAAAUUAUGUGAUAAAAGAUACCACAGAUAGCAUUUAUAAAGUAUUCAGAAACAUUAUUCUUAAAGCAAAAUAUGUUUUGCUUUGUUUUGCUAUACAGUACAUCUAUAUUAAGAGAGGUUCAUGUUUAAAUUAUACAUAUUUAUUAGUGUUGCUAUCAUUUGUUUGGGUUUUUUUUUUCUUUUUUUUUUAAACUGUCUGAAGAAACAGAAGCCACGGACUGCAUUCCUGGCAUGCAUUCUAACUGUUUUGCACAACAUGACUUUUAAAGGUAUUUAUUAGUAAAAAAAAAUAAAAAUAAAAUAAAAAGAGAAAAUUCAAAAUAAACUCAGUGCUCAAAGGGUUAAAUCUAUUUGAAAAACUUGUACUGUAUUUCCUAAGCAUUGAUAAAGCCUUUAAAAUGUUUGUACUGUAAUACUUUGCUUAAAAAGUUAUGAGGCAUUCUGUGAUAUAACCUCUUUUACUUAUUUAUAAGCGCUCUUGGUUGUUAUUUCCUAUUGUAGAAUGCCUUUUUAUUUCAAUUGGUAACUUUCUGUUUUGUUCUGCCUAAUUAUUCUCCCAAGAUUCCAUACUGCAGCUUUAUCUUUAGGCAUAUGAAAGGUAACCCGUGGUUACCAGCACACUAAGUGAUUCUGUUCGUCUCCAUUUUUGGCAGUUAAUUUGCAGAAGUAACUGACAGCUGACACCAUAUGAGAAUCUAUGUAUAAAAUAUUGGCAUGUAAACAGCACAGACACUGUAAUGCACUCUGUGCCCUGUUUUGUUGUUGACAAUGAAGCACCAUUAUAUGACUCUUCAUAUAACCUUUUUUUCUACAGCAGCAUUAAAAUUGUCUUUUUGCUAUAAUUUUGUGUUGCGUUCACAAUUAUGUCUGAAAUGUGCUACGACUAACGAGCACAUUAAAAUUAAAUUGUAUGCUAUCUGUUUAUGACUGAA